CGCAUGCACAUAGGGAGAACAGGUGGAUUACCUCAGUGCUGCUAAACACAUGGCUGAGAUGCAGCAUGCUUUGACUGAGGAGAGCUGAGGAGGAACAAUCAUUAAUAGCCACCAUCAGAAUGAAGGGUUAUCGGGCUCUCACUAUGUGGCAGAAAUUGAAAUUAUUUUACCAAGGGAUUCUGGAAAAUGGAGACAAGAGGACAGACAAUUGGCUGCUGGUCUACUCUCCUGUGCCAAUCAGCUGUAUCUUUCUGUGCUACCUGGUCAUUAUUUGGGUGGGGCCAAAGCUGAUGGCAAAAAGGCAGCCAGUCAACCUUAAAACCGUCCUGAUAGUUUACAACUUUGCCAUGGUCUGCCUGUCUGCAUACAUGUUCUAUGAGUUCACAGCCUCUUCCUGGUUGGCCAGAUACAGUCUGCUGUGCCAGCCAGUCGACUACAGUGACAACCCACUGGCCAUGAGGAUGGCCAGAGUGUGCUGGUGGUUCUUCUUCUCCAAAGUUAUAGAGCUCAGUGACACUAUAUUUUUCAUCCUGAGGAAGAAGAACAGUCAGCUGACCUUCCUCCAUGUCUACCAUCAUGCCACCAUGAUCUUCAACUGGUGGGCCGGGGUUAAAUAUGUGGCCGGUGGCCAGUCUUUUCUGAUUGGUCUGACCAACUCCCUGGUCCAUGUAGUGAUGUAUCUGUACUACGGACUGGCAGGUUUGGGGCCGAGCAUGUCCAAAUACCUCUGGUGGAAACGCUACCUCACCUCCCUGCAGCUGCUCCAGUUUUUCAUAUUUACCAUCCACACCACUUACAACCUGUUUGCUGACUGUGACUUCCCUGACUCCAUGAACGUGGUUGUGCUGGCCUACUCUCUCAGCCUCAUCGCUCUCUUCAGUAACUUCUACUACCAAACCUACCUCGCCAAGAAGAAGAGCAAGAAGACGUAGGGAGAGAGGCAGAGAAAGAAAUCAGGUGUAUAUGAAGGGUAUGAGGAAAGAGAGAAAAGAGCUGAGAUGAAAGGAUUUGGAAACCGGAAGGUAGUACAGAAAGAAACAGAGAGAUGACAGAGGGGAUAUAAAAAGCAAUUCCUGCUUGUUUGUUAUGUUAAUUACUUGUUAUGGUGAUUACAGCUUUUUUUCUUAAAUGUACAAGUACAUUAACAUGUGUAUGAAAACCUAUAUAAUAACAACUGAAAAAAGAGAAGUGCAGCAUAUUCAUGUUUGUAACAAAAUUUCAUGUGUUUUUUUGUUACAAACAUAUAAAUGAAUUAUAUAUUUGUGCCUUACACACAUACACGUACAGAUAUUUACUGUACUUAUGAGGGUCCUCCAUUUACCUCCAUUCAUUGAUCUCUUCUGGUCAAUAAUCCAGUACAAAACCACAAACACACUCAACGCACAUUAACCCUUGUUUCAUCACGUCCUUCCCCCAGCUGCUAAUAGAUCUAAUCUAAUCAUCCUUUGAGUCGCUUUAUUCUUCUCUUACACCCAUUGGCUGGCAGUCACAGCCAAUCUACUUUUGGCUGCCAUUAGCUCUGUAUCCCGCACUCUCCAUCUAUUCCCCCUCUUUUUUAGACCCCCUCCCCAGUUUCUAGCAUUUAAUCCCUCUUACCAACAGGGAAACCCCAGCCCACCCCACAAUCCCCCCCGGCUCCAUCUGUCAUGAUGUAGAAGUAUAAUUGCCUGAGACAAGCGAGCCCAUCCACUCCCCCUUGUGGACAGAAAUGAAAGAACUAUUAGAGGAGUAAAUUAAUUAACCAUAUCCACUUCCCUUGCAUUAUAUUUCUCCUGCCAUCAUCACUUAUUCCCAUUCUGUUCACUAUCUAUUUCUCUACUUUUAUUUUCAGCAGCAUAUUGGUUUUGACUGUCCUGGACAAAAUAGCAGCACCGCAUGAAAAAGCACUUUGAAGUGACUAAAUCAAAGUUACAGAGGCAGCUACUCGGGCGAGUCAUUUUAAUACCCAUCAGCACAAUGUGGCAACUCUACAAAGUUCAGAGAAUUACCCCUUUACAUUUGAGUUUUUCAAAAUAACAUUAAACAACCUACAAAGAAAACAGAAGCCAAACUUGUUGUUAAUAUUUUGAUAUGGCAAGGUAUCACUUGGUAAAACGAAAACACAAUGACAAAGUCUACAUGCCAGGACAUUGGUGCAUUCAAAACUGACAACUGAAUUAACUCACAACUUCUUAGACACUUGAAAAGGGGGUAUUUUUAAAUGUUACAGCAGGAAAAGCACAUGUGUAACUAAUAACAUGAAUGAUGACAGCAUGCCAGUAAUGUGCUUCAGUUCCAGGGCUCUGCACGCUUGCUCAUAGGCAUGGCUUACUGGACACCUAAAUGCAAUGGGGACAUAGUUAAUGUUAUUAGUUACACCUGUGCUUUUCCUGUUAUAACAACUCAAAAUGUCUGACAUAAAAAGGCUCUAUUGUGAACUUUAAAUAGGUAUACUGUAAACAGACUGCAAUUCAAAGUCUAUUUGCAUCAAAGUAACAUAAAUAUCUAAGAGCACAGACCAGUGAAUUAAUUAUUAUGGUCUUAUGAGACAUCUCGACCCUCUUUCCUACAAUCAGAUAAGCUUGUGUUUGGAGAAAGCCAAAUUAACUCUUCACUGUUAAACAUGGUGGUAGAAUUUGGAAGCCAUCUUUUGUGAGUCAUUAUAACAGCUGAUUUCUUGGUUUUAUAAUGUUGAAAGAAUAUGUGACUGUUUUAAAGCUGCCCAUGCCCCUGCUGAGCAAGUUCGAGAUUACAGCAACUCUUUCCUUUCUCCAAUCAGCGGAUGGAAAAGUUGCUGAGGCUUUAUGGGAAGUACACCAGAUAUUCAACCCAUUCAUCCAUCAAAUCAGGCUUUGCGUCUUGAGGAAACAUGCAGUUGUACACUCACUUCAAGAUAGCAAGACGAGAAGGAUCAAACGUACAAAUGAUCUUAGCCUGUGUUCUGACAGACACAGGUACUCAAACUGGACUUCCUGGAUUGUUUUUUUUUGUUUUAAAUUGGCUUUGCUAGUGUUUAAUGAAUUUGUUACGUCUCAAGGAUAAACAGUUUGGUGAGAAAACUA